AUGAUCCGGUCCAUACCUGUGAUGACAGCUGAUCCGGACCCAGCCGAACUCCUCCCUGACGUUAACUCGCCGGCUCCGCCUCACAACCAGAACCAGAACCCGGUUUCCUGUCCGGAUGGAUCGGGUCGGUCCAGUACCGGCAGCGACUCGUCCCGGUUCGGUCAGACUGCGCUGCAAGAUCUGACCGACCGCCGCCCCGCGCUGCUGCUGACGUCACAGCCGCGUGACCCGUCAGAGCUGAACCAAUCACAGUGCCUCCACAGUUCCCCCUGCUCCAGCUGGGUGUUUCAGGCCCGGCUCAGGAGCUCCAGACCCCGGGCUCUGCUCCCCCUGCAGAAGAAGAGCUCCUCUCUGGGCUCGGACCUCCGCAGCCUCUCCCUGGCCUGUCUGGACCUCGCCUCCUCAUCCGCCUCCGUCCAGCUGCUCAGGGAGAUGUUCAGCCCAUCGGAUCGAGCUCUGCUCACCCCUGAACGCCCCCUGGAGGACAUGACUAGCGCUCUGGUCCUGGCUGGGUCUUCUGUUGGGAGCCAGGUGGGGGUCCAGCUAGGUCUGGACUUUGGACUGUCUCUGGGAAUCGGGCUGGAGGAGCGUUUGGGACUGGGGCUGGAUCAUAAAAUCGCCCGGACGUUCGCGGAGGUGGAGGAGAGGGUGAACCGCCGCGUCCGUCGACUGAAGGCGGAGCUACAGAGGCGGGAGGCGGAGCUUGAGCAGGAGAGGCGGGGCAGGGAGAGACUGAGGACUGAGAAGCAGAAGGUGGAGGAGAGGACAGCUCACCUGUCCAGACAGGUGUCGACGGCCGUGGAGCUGAUGGAGCGAUUAAAGGAGGAGCUGACAGAGAAGGAGAAUGAGCUGCUCGAGCGCCACCGGGAAAUGGCCGAUGUCGAACUUUUUCUAAGGAAAACAGCCGAGAAAGAAGCUGAAGCCAAAUCCCGACUGCAGCUUUUUAUCGAGACGCUGUUGGACCGGGCCGAGCGCGCUGAGAGGCACUUACUGCUGCUCAGUCAGAACCACUUCCUGUCCCCCGAACCAUUCACCCAUCCAGAGGAGGUCUCACCCGGACUGGGACCAGGGGCGGACCAUGGAUCAGCUGAUGACAUCAGCAGCAAGCUGCAGGAAACCGUUGGGAACAGGAAUCUGACCCGGGUCGUCUCUUCCAGCGUUCUGACUGAACACAUGAGGACCUUGUCUCUGGGCUCAGGGGGGUGGGCCCACCUCCACCCGUCCCACUAUGCUUCAUCCUGGACCGGACCAGAAGGAGGAGGUGGGCAGAGGGUCUUCUGGGUGGAGGAGGAAGGAUGGGGGAGAACGUGGAGUCAAAGACACCUUCGUCACCACAGCACCGAGGAGGAGGAGGAGGAAGAGGAGGAGGAGGAGGAGGAGGAGGGUUUGUGGAGCAGCACUGAGAUGAGGAGGCUCGUCUCGGCCCGGAUCAACACUCCUGGAUCAGACACGUCCUCCUCUCUUGGCUCCACCCCCUCUCAUUGUCAUGGUGACAGGCAACGCCUGGGGGCGGACACCCUGAGGAUGAGGGCGGGGCUUUUCUGCAUCUUCCCAUAUUUGGACGUGCUCUCGCGGCUGCGUGCGGCUGAGGUGUGCUCUGAUUGGUGGUUUGUUGCCAGGCACCCGGCAGUUUGGCCACGCCUCCAUCUGGAGGACGCUCGAGUGUCCGCAGAGUUCCUGACCACCCUGUCCCGGUGGUGUACCCAGACUCAGUCUGUGAUCCUGAACAACCUGAAACCUCGAAGCCGUCGAGCCGACGAGACGAGAGAGGAUUACCUCAGAAACACACGAGGCAGCGUGGAGCUGGGGGUGGAGCUUCUGCUCCGCUCAGCAGGGGGACGUCUCCUCCACCUGUCUGUCUCUCACUGUCCCCACGUUCUGACAGACAGGACACUCUGGCUCGCCAGCUGCUACAGCAGGAACCUGCAGACACUCACGUACAGGAGUUCUUCAGACCCGGUGUGUCAGGAGGUUCUGUGGGCCCUGGGUGCCGGCUGCAGGAAUAUCAGCAGCCUGCAGGUGGCACCGGUUCACCCCAGCCAACAACCGACUCGUUUUGAUGACCGCUGCCUGCAGACGAUUGGACAAUGCUGGCCACGCCUCCUGUCACUCGGUGUGGGCGGGGCUAGCUGCAGCAAUCAGGGAUUGGUUGCUGUCGUGCGUAGCUGCCCUCUCCUGCAGCACCUGGAGCUGGAGCGUCUCUCAGACCUCAGCCUGCAGGUGGUGACAGAGCUCUGUGGUUCUGGACUGACCAGUCUGCGGACCCUGGUUCUGAGCCACACCCCGGUCAGCGGUCAGGCCCUCCUGCACCUCCACACAGUGGACAGGGGGAACCUCAACCGGACCUCAAUAUCAGGGUUUUUAAGAAGCGUUCUGCAGAGCCGGCCCGGUCUCUGCGACGUCCUGCAGGUUGUAGCAGAAGGAUUCUCUGAAGCAAACCGGAUCUGA